AUGAUAGUGGAAGUGUUCAGUAUUGAGGUGGGAAGUGCUGAAAUGGUGAUGCCAUUUGUGGUGUCGAUCAACUGCGAGCUUCCUCUGAACCAACGAAAUACAUUUGAUGUGCACGUGAUGAUUUUCGUCGGCUUCGGCUUCCUAAUGACCUUCCUACGGAAGUAUGGAUACAGUUCUGUGUCCUUUAACAUGCUGGUUGGGGCGCUCACUGUUCAGUGGGCCAUUAUCGUCAGAGGUCUGUUUGAACUCGAGGAGGACUCCAAGAUUCACGUCUCGCUCACCAGUUUACUGUCAGCAGAUCUUGCCACAGCGGCGGUUCUGAUAUCAAUGGGAGCCGUUUUGGGAAAGACGACUCCUUUGCAGCUUAUUUUAAUGAGCUUCAUUGAAAUCGUAAUAGCGACCGCAAACGAAUAUUUGGGAGUACAAAUUUUCAAGGCGGUGGACGCAGGCGCGUCCAUGUUCGUGCACGUGUUCGGCGCCUACUUCGGGCUGGCGGUGAGUCUGGUGCUGGGCCACGGCGCGCGCAUCCGCAAGGGCGAAGGCAACGCGCUGGAGGGAGCCUCCUACUCCUCCGACCUCUUUGCCAUGCUCGGCACGAUGUUCCUGUGGAUGUUCUGGCCCAGCUUCAACGGUGCCCUGGUGGAGGCGGACGCCCAGCACCGCGCCGUCAUCAACACCUACCUGUCGCUGGCCUCCUGCUGCGCCGUCGCUUUUGUCCUCUCCGCGCUGCUCAGCCACGACAACAAGUUCGACAUGCAAGUUCGACAUGAACGCGACGCUGCGGCGCCGUGGCGGUGGGCAACGCGCGGGACAUGCUGCUACAAGGCCCUGGAGGCGCCUUGCGGUGGCGCGCUGCCGGGCCUGUCCGUCUUCGGCUACGCGCGCCUACAGCCGUUCCUGCUGAGACGCCUGCGCCUGCACGACACGUGCGGCGUGCACAACCUGCACGGCAUGCCGGGGCUGCUGGCGGGCGCGGUGGGCGCGCUGGCGGCCGGCCUGGCCUCCCCGGAGGCGUACGGCGGCGCCGCGGCGCUCGCCAAGGCCUUCCCGGCCCGCGCCGCCGCCUCCCUCGCCGCCAACGCCACCGCCACCGCCGCCCUGGACGGCGCCGGGCGCGCGGCGGNNGGCGCCCAGGCCGGCUACCAGCUGCUGGCGCUCGCCGUCACCCUGGCCGUCGCCUGCGUUUCAUCUUGAAAUUACCUUUUCUUAAUGGUGUGUCAAGAGAUUACUGGUUCAGUGACGAGUAUCACUGGGAAGUUCCAUCAGAAAAUCAUUCACAAAAGCUUGAGAAUGGCAAUGAACAAGAGGACACAAAAACUGAAACAUUAUAUGAUUCACAACUGCAUAUCUGACAUUCAUAGAGAAUUUUAUCAUAGAACGAGUCAUUUUUGUUCGUUUGUUUUUUUGCCCCACACCAGAUCUUCAAGUUCCAAGAUUCAUUUUUGCCAAUUGUAUAUAUUUCAUCAUGUACUAAAUUGUAAAACAAAAUUCAAAUAAUUUCUAUUUAUUGUAUACAUUUGUUUUUUACCUUGUAUUGAAUUACAAAAUUUUCAUUUUAUUUAAGAAGCUAAUGUAAUAAUUACCUAUAUUUAAUUAUACUGAACUUUUAAAAAAUUCCUUACUGGAAAAUAUUUGUAUGAAGUUGGGUUUGGUGACUAUUCCACAUACUUCCAUUCACAUACUAUUCCAUACAUUCCAUUCAUUGUUAUUCGCAAUGAAGUCUCAAUACAUCAUUUCUUAUUUGUUAGUUUUCUCAAAUCUGUGUCCACAAUUUGCAAUUUACCCAUCUCCCCCAUCCAUUGGUUUUUUGCAUCUUUUUCCAUUCCCAGAGUUAGAAAACUGUAAUUAUGUUUUAUUCUUAAAUACUUCCACAUUAUUAUUUUUGGUAACUGGUUGGAUGUGAGAUUAUUCUGUACAAGAGGUGUCACAAGAGUUCUGCUGGGUGAGUAAGUUAUUUAAAAAUUAAGAAUAAAUACUUGAAUGUGUAUUGAGUUAAAAGCUAAAUAAUUGAUUAAGUACACUAUUGCAGCCGUGAACUAUGUUUCCUAUUGUUUUUUCUUAAAAUUUUAUUUUAGAAAAAUAGUUAAUUCUGUUAAUAUGGUCUACAUUAGUUUAUUAUUCACUUUUUCCUGCAAGUUUUUAGUCUUAGAAUUUGGUGUCAUCUUCAGGAGUCAUAAUUUAUAUUGAGCAACAGCUUAGUUGAUUACAAAAUACACCCUUUUUAACAUUUACAAAUGGUAUGACAAAUGGAAGCCUAUAAAUCCUGGUAUGGCUAUAGCAUGAUCGUAUUUUUUACUUCAAGAAUUAAACAUUAAUUUAUUUUUAA